AUUGUUUAACUUGGUUCUGUCAUUGGGGCUCACCACGGCGACGGACGUUAAACAUGUUGGAAAAAGCUUUGAAAGCGUUAAUUACAGCAUCCAUCUUAGUAAAAGGUAACUAUUGCCAUUUUAAUUUUGAUUUACCAAAUUUCGUGUAAUUUCGUGCAAACUAAUGUAUGUAAGUUAGUUUAGCAAUUUUUCUUUUUUCUCCUUCGUUUUUACUGGUGAGGCACCGUGAAGAGACUUUUAUAGUUGACAGAAAGCCGCAACGUUUGAAGCCUUCUAAAAGUUCAUGUUGUGGAUUUUUAGGGUGAUCUUAAGCCAGUCAAUCUACAGACGGCAUUUCAUUUCUCUUAUCCUGAAGCUGAUGUACCUGCUAUUGCAUGCUUGCAUUGCAUGUGAGACAUUGACAGAAAAUCUGACCAGGGGUCCAAACCAAAUUUUUUUAGCCAUGUAGCUGCUGAUUGGGAUGGUACCUCCAUGUGUUUUUUCCUUGUUCAGGAUGGCAUCCUUUCUUGUUUCACCAGCUGCUCUCCUUAAACAUCUCAUUUCGCAUAGUAACAUUUUUAUUUGGGGACCUUUAUUUAGAGCCAAUUUUUGAUCAUGGUAAGUAAGCUUUGAAAUGAUUCUUUGAAUACAUUUUAUAAUUUGAUAACAUGCCAACUACAUGAAGGUAAAAUAUUUAAUCGACUAUUGCUAAAAAUGAAAAGUUAAAGUAAAAACAUUCAUUAGAAAAAAAAAACAUGUAUAAACAUGGGGAAAAUAAUUUUAAAACGAAUAAUAAACUAACUAAUUUAUUAAUGACUUUGGGCAUUUCAGUGACAGCUCAAGUUCUUGAAGUAGAACCCAAAAUCCUACUCCCAUCAACAAAAUCUCUCGUUGUCAACUGUUCACUGCCACAUGCAAGUUUUCCUAGACUGGCCAGUUUGAUUUCUUUGAUUAUAUCUCGCGGUAAUGCAGAAAGGGGCGUAACUAAAUACGAGUCUCUUGCAGUGAUUAAUGCAGUUACUGGUAAUAUACUUGUGCAGAGUGGACAAGCGGCGGGCAAUGGCGUUAUAAACAACAAGGGAGAUUCAUUUAUAAGCUUAUCUUUCAAGUAUCCGACGGCAGCUAUGUCAGGGGACUACUCGUGCGAGGCCAAUGGUAUGGACUUAUCCUGGCGACCUAUAACACUAAUGAAAACCUCAAAAGUACCAUCUGUCAAUUUCACGGUUGACAUGCUAGCCGAACAAUUAAGAAAUCUGAAUAUUAAAUUCGACGAAAAGAGUAAGGAAUUUCAGAGCAAUUUGGAAAACUCCAACCAAAGUCUUUCCGAGUUUAUUGACGACUGGAAGAGAAGGAUUGAAGAAUCCAGGCGUUGGUUCUUUAAGAUAUCGAACGUCUAUCAAGGAAGACGCUACUACCUCUCUCAACAAGACCCAAUCACGAGAUCAGAGUCUGCUAUGGCCACCUGCGUCAUGUAUGGUGGAUACUUGGCCGAGAUCGACGACGUAGGUGAACGUGAUUUUGUCAAACGUUUCAUAAGAGAGCUUUCUGGUUUCAGAUUAGUUCUAAUAGGAGGCACGGAUGAAGCCCAAGAGGAAGUCUGGGUGUACAGACACAGCAAGAAAUUAGUCCCUAGUUGGCUUGUAAAAAGUAGGCGAUAUGGGAACCUAAGAAAUUGCCUGUUUUUGUACGAUAUUGAUGGUUGGGAUGCUAUCGAUGAAGCUUGUUACUAUACUACUCCUUCGUACAUAACUCGUUUUCUUUGUGAAAUUCCAGACGUGAAAUGACAUUUAACAGACCAAAAACAAAUGUAAAAAUUAAAAUAUUUAUUGAAACCUUGUACAUUUUAGCUUAAUUGUACCGAAGAAACCUAACGCACUCUGCUCUGAAACACAGAGACGUUAUACAUGCUUUAGGUUAGUUAAGAUUAGCCUUAACCAUGUACGAAAAACUCUAUAGCAAUAAUAGGAGAGACAACUAUAAAAAAAAAUCUUCGAAACACAGUUAAAAAAUUGAAUUAUUUUGUUUUCUAUGAUGCACGCCUGCGAAAUUGAUGUGCCUGCAUGGGGACGUUGCGUGGAAUGCAAGUGAAAAAAAGUGGUAUACAAUCACGAAUUUACAACGCGUUUUCUUAGUGACAUUCCAAAAUAUAUAUGGGCUAAACUGUUUUAAGUUAAUUUUUUUUUUUCAAUUUGCACAAUGUUGAUAAAAUUUCGACUUAAAAAAAAAAAUAACUGUGAAAACAUAAAUAUUAUUAGUAGAUCUUAUAUGUCAUUCUACCUCCCAACAUAUUCGUAUUAACUAUCAUAGAAAGGACACC